AACCCAUUGAGAAUGUUUUGUGCGAAGGCCCCCUGCCAGGGAGAAGGAUCAGCUUUUAAUCCCACCUGGCAUUCGAACCCCGAAAUAAGCAAAACAAAUACACAAGGGGGCGGGUAGGAAAGAAAUAAGGGGGUACAUUUAGUUUUCCCUGCAUUCUUGGCUAAAUGCCGGCUAAAACCCUGUUUGCCUUUCCAGAUCCGUUUACAAGGUCAAGCACCUUCAGCGGCCUUGGAAACUUAAGCAGCAAUGCCUUUGGCGGAUUAGGCAGCCACACUUUGAGUCACAGCAGCCUCUUUGCUCACAAAGACGGUCCGAACAUCCAGACCUUCGGCAGCCCCCACGAGCCCUGGAACCGGCUGCACCGGACGCCGCCCUCUUUCCCCACGCCGCCUCAGUGGCCGAAGCCAGGCGACGCCGAGCGGAGUUCCUCAGUGACGAACCACGACAGGGACCGAGACUCCGAGAAGAGGGAGCUUUCCUCCAGUAAAGAAGAGAGGGAGAAGGAGAGGGAUCUUCUGGAUAAAAGUAGGCACUCAAACCGAUCCUCGCCGGCUUCGGCUCCUGUGACGCACCAGAUCAGUAACCUCAUCCGUAGCAACAGCCAGGCGUCGAGCGACUCCGGACGGCAAGUUGCCCUCCUGGAACGAGACCGAUCGAAAGAUCUGGAGAGAGAGAUCCCUGACAGGCUCAGAGAUCUUCCUCCAGUGGCCGACCAGAAGAUCAAAGAAAGCCGCUCCCCGGUGAAGGAGCCUCCAAACCAUGAAAAGAGGUCCCUGGAGGACAACACCAAGCCCGUCAUCCAGUCGGUCUCCCCGUACAGCAAGCCUGCGUUGAGCGAGAGCUUGAAACUGAGCAACCUGAUGAACAAGGACAUGGAGAGGAAGCCCGAGCUGCUGACGGACCUCCAGAAGAUUAAGAACGACAUCAAAGUCAAGGAAGAGCGCAAAGAGGAGAGCGACGUCUUGGUGGUGAGCUCGGAAACUUCCCAGCAUCCCCGAAGCGCCGAGCACCCUCCACCCCCUUCCCUCCACGGGUUGCCCCUGCCCCACACCAUGGCGGCUGCCAUGCCCAUCUCCAUGGGCAGUGUCCACCAGAUGAACAACAUGAACGUCCUGGAACGCAGCCGGAUGAUGACGCCGCUCAUGGGCAUGAACCCACUCGCGGGGCGUGAGAGGCUACCCCACCCAGGGUUUUCCUGGGACCCCAUGAGGGACCCCUUACGCGACGCCUACCGGAGCUUAGAUCUACAUCGCCGGAUGGACUUCCAGCUCCGAGCGGAUCCCAUCCACAGGUUUCCGGCCGCCUCGGGUUUUUACGACCACGAGCGUUCUUACCGGGACCGCGAACCCCAUGACUACAACCACGAAAACCUUCUGGAAGCCCGCCGGGAACAGGAGCGGCUUCGGCAAGCGGAAGAGAGGGAGCGGUUGCACUUACGGGAAGAGCUCGAGCGCGCCCGGAUACACCACUUGCACACGUCGCCCAUCGAAAGCCACCUGGCCCACAUGCCUUCCUUCAUGUCUCAUCUCAGCAGCAUGCAUUACCCCAGACUUAGCCCUUCGGCCGCCAUGCACAACGGGAUUUUGAACAGGAACCCGCCCACCGCUGCGCUCAGCGCUCCGCCCCCCUUGGUCCCGGCGAGUAGUACGAGGCCCUCCUCCCCCCGUCGGACUACCCCGCUCACAAACUCGGAAUCUCGGGACUAUUCCCCAUCUAGAAAUGCCAAAGAAGUAGAGGCACGAUAG